CGCGCCCCAGAACUCUGGCGCUGCAGCCUGAGGAGAGCAAAGCCACUCAGGCCCCGGAAAAAAAGCAAGCCAAAAAUUAUAGAAAAAAAUUGGGAAAAAAUAAUAAAACAACAGAUCCAGAGGAGAAACUCCGGGAAAGGUGUCGUGGGAUCUCCCGCGAACAAUCAAAAUGAGCAGUAUUAAUAUUUCCUGGACCCCACCCAUGUCAGUUGGGACUGGGUGAAAGAGAGAGAGAGAGAGAGAGAGAGAGAGAGAGAGAGAGUGCUAUUCUUCCAGAAGAGUACCUUAAAAAGGAUUUUUCAAAGAAGAGACUACACAAUCCCUAGAAACUGCCCCCUUAAACUCCACCCCCAGGCAGGAUCCGAACAGAGCCUGGAAGGUAGGGCAGCCACGGCCGGGGUUCAAUGGCAACGGCGCCAUAGGGCUGCCAUGGCAGCAGCUGCCGCCGAUGCCCCACACCACAUAACCACACUGACGCUGGAGGACGAGGAUAGACGAGCUGCCCCCAAAGUGUUUGGAGGUCCAGCUCAAGUGAGGACAGAGAGUGAGAAAGAGAAGGAGACAGGGAAGGAGGAAAGCGGCAACGAGUGUUUGGUGUGUGGCACCCUCUUCAGCUCCCAGGAUAAGCUUCAAAUCCACACAUUCAGUCACACAGGGGAGAAACCUUUCCACUGUUCCCAGCCCCACUGCCACAAGGCCUUCAGCUCCAAAUAUAAGCUCUACAGGCAUAUGGCCACACACUCCCCACAGAAGACCCACCAGUGUUCAUUCUGUGAAAAGAUGUUCCACCGUAAAGAUCACCUGAAAAAUCACCUGCAGACCCAUGACCCCAACAAGGAAGCUUUCAAGUGUGAGGAGUGUGGCAAGCACUAUAACACGAAGCUCGGCUACAAGCGCCACGUGGCCAUGCACUCUGCCACAGCAGGAGACCUGACCUGCAAGGUAUGUUUGCAGAGCUACGAGAGCACUCCUGCUCUCUUGGAUCACCUCAAGAGCCAUUCCGGCAAGUCUUCAGGUGGCACCAAGGAGAAAAAACACCCCUGCGAUCACUGUGACCGUCGCUUCUACACGCGCAAGGAUGUUCGCCGACACAUGGUAGUUCACACGGGUCGCAAAGAUUUCCUGUGCCAGUACUGUGCCCAGCGCUUCGGAAGAAAGGACCACCUCACAAGACACGUGAAGAAGAGCCACUCACAGGAGCUGCUGAAGAUCAAGACAGAGCCACCAGAUAUGCUGGCUCUGCUCGGUUCCGGCUCUCCAACUUGUGCUGUGAAGGAAGAGCUCAGUCCUAUGAUGUGUAGCAUGGGUCCCAACAAGGACUCCAUGAUGACCAAACCUUUCCGCAGUGGCACCCCGUUCCCCAUGGGCAUGUACAACCAACACCACCUACAGGCCAUGUCCAGCCCAGGAAUGGGCCACCAUCACUCCUUGGUUCCUGGGUCACUGUCUGCUGCUAUGGGUAUGGGUUGCUCCAUGGAGCCUCCUUCGGCCUUACAUCACCAUCAUCCACAUCACCACCACCACCACCACCACACACACCACCCCUCUCCUCCACCCCCACCACACCAACAACAGACUCCACUGCAACCUCAGCCCCAGCAGCAGCAUUCCCAACCUCCCAAGUACCAGCUUGGAUCUACCUCAUACUUACUAGAUAAGCCCCUAAAGGUGGAGAUGGAGAGUUACCUGAUGGAUCUGCAGAGUGGCUUGCCAGUCCCUCCGCCACCUUCAGCUGAUCCCCAUUCAGCUGCCUCGCCUAAUAAAGAUGGCCUGGAGCCUCCACCUGGCUUAACAGAUGAGCUGUGUGGGGAUCCCCUCCUAUCUAAAAGCCCUGCCGUCAUUGCUGAAUCUCUGUGUGCUGCUAACAUGGACUUCUCCCAUUUACUGGGCUUCUUUCCGCUAAACCUGCCGCCCUAUAGCACUCCCAUGAGUUCGGGAGGCCUGGUGAUGGGCUACUCCACCUCCACUGCCUCCUCUUCUUCCUCGUCGUCGUCAGCAUCCUCACAUGCUGCCGAGUCUCAUGCUGCCACAGCAACCGCCUCAGUGCCUCUUACCUCUUUGCAACCUCAACCUCAGGAGCAACCGGGCUCCAGUGGAGGUCUUGGCCUCGGGCCCCUGCAUCCACUCCCUCCAGUGUUUAGCUCCAGCCUUAGCACGACCACCUUGCCUCGCUUCCAUCAGGCCUUUCAAUGAGGCUCCCACCCCACCCUGGUCUGCCGCAGGCCGAGACGACCGUGGUGGCCCAGGGUAGAGGAGCUUCAGGGCUCCCUCUAGGGGUGGGAGAAGAAAACACUUGAGCACAUAGAAGCCUUAAUUGAAGCGCACAAAUGCUUUUAAAUGAGCCUGGAGGAAAACCAUUUAUUUUCUAAAAGGAAGUAGAACAUAGGAAAUAAGAAAACCUUGGAGCUUUUAUUUAGGCUUUUCCGUCUAUAUUGUAGUUAAACCUUUCCCUCGACCCGUGUCUCACCAAUUCCUAGUUAGGAUGCAGCAUCAGCAGGCCUUUAAGGCAUGGUACCGCAUACUUUAUAAAGUAAUAAUAUUGAGAGUUGGAGAAAGGAUGUUUGAAAUGUUUUUUAAUUCUUAAGAAAGAAUAGUUUGAAGUUAUUAAGCUUUUUUUUUGUUUUUUUUGCUUAUUCAAAUGUGAGACUUAAUUUAUAUCGUCUCGGUUCUAUUAAAGUCAGGUAUCAUUUAAUCGCCCUUUAACUAAAAACUGCCUUGGCAGACGGGGAGAGGAAAACGACUGGGGGAUUGAAUGACCUCUCCUCUUUCAGAGCCAAAAGCAAAUUCAUUAUAAAAUUAUAUAUAUAUAAAAAAAUAUUUUUCCCCUAUAAAAUGUAUUAGUUCCAGUUGUUUUAGCCCCCUCCCCCCAGUAUAUUACAUAUGUUAACACAAACACACUUUUAUCAAGUAUAAUCAAGUUGCCCCAUAUAAAUGCACACAGUUCUUUUAAAAGGUAUCGUGUGCAAGAGUUCUGUAAGCAAGGUAAAAAAAAUAAAUAAAUAAAUAAAAAAUUCAAUAAAAGGAAGGAGGCAGCAUUUUUACAAUCCUGCUCUUAUACACUGUGACCAUUCAGGACUAAGGACAGAUAAAAGGAUGAUGUAAAAAAAACAACAACAAAAACAACAGGUUUUUGUUAGUCAAAGGAAGCACUUUGUUUACAGCAGAAGGCACUUGACCUUUUUUUUUGAGGGGGUUCCCAUGGUGACCCGCUGACCCUCAGUUCCCUAUUUCCUUCACCAGUUGACCUUUUUCUUCCUAGCCAAGCAUCACACACACACACACACACACACACACUGUAUUUAAAAUAUUCUCUGCUAUUUGAACUAAUGAAAGUGUUUCAUAAUGGUUUCCUUCUUCCUCCCAGCACUAAUUUUUUUAGCAUCUCCAUGACGCAAAAGUUUAUAUUACCUCCAGUUCCUGCCCACCUCCUUCUAAUACGUAUGUGUUUCAUGUCAAACACAAAGAUUUUUCUUUUUUAAAAAAAUUUUCUUAGGCAGGUUAAAUAGAGUUUAAUAGUUAAAUUGUAAUAAUCACCCUGACAUAUGUGAAUAGAAAAGGAAUGACGAGAAUAGGGGAUGGUUGGGGGGGGGGGGGUUGUUAAUCUACAAGAGUAUUUUUGCUGUGUACGAAAGAUACCACAUCGAAAAAGAAAUAUAUAAUUGCUUUUAUUUUUAGUAAAAAUGUACUUUAGAUAGACGUAUUAAGAAAAAAAUUAAAAAUUGCUGAUGGGGUAUUUUUUUUUUACGAAAAACACAACAAAAUCAGGUUUACAUAAUCAUGUGACCUUGUUCAAAAAACGGAUGAAGUAAUUGCUUUUCAUUAUAGUCUUCCCUGUACUAUUUGUUCUUUUUUUUUUUUUUCCCCCCGUGGUCAACGGACGAUAUUUUGACCCAUGCGUAAUAGGCUAUUAGUAGAAUAAUCAAGUUAGAAUGAACUACUCGUUAAUCUUUAGUGUUGCUUUAGAGAGGACCCGUAAUGUGACCCGAGUUUCAGAAUGAUUCUCUUUCAGUAUUGGAACAGAACCCGGGAGAUGUCUUCGGUGUGGCUCGUUAUCCCUAGACAAUUAUACCUUAUCGAUUUGUUUCCCAGGAAAAAACCUUAAAAUCAAUGAUUUUGGAAAACAAAACAACAACAAAGAAUCCGAUUCCUGAUGAUAUGGCGGUGGUGUUUUCUCCACCAAGGUACCUCCGAUUUUGCUCAUCCCUAGCCUUGUAGUAAAUGUGAACAAAAAAAAAAUCAAGAAAUCGCUCAAGCGCGAGGCCACGCCCCCUUUCCCAACACAAAUCUGAAAAAGUUACGAUGCUGCUUUAGUGCUAUGGUUGGUAACAGUCAUAGACCACACUUUUGCGGAAAUCCUUCUGCAGAGUUAUCUUUAAAACUGAACUCUUUGUCCAUUUCUGUUCUCCUUUUACAGCUGCUUUCUUCCAUUAAAAAAACGAACAUUUUGAUCAAAGGGUCUGAAGAAAGACAUAAAAAAAAAAAAAAUACCCAGAACAAAUAAGUCACCAGACUUGGUCUUUGACAUUCAAAGCAUGGGACAGUUGAUUGGGAUAUUGCCUAGUCGUUUGUUGUCAUAUAUUAUUUUCUGUUUGUUGAAACAGGACCUCAGAACAACACAACACAUCACCUCAUUUAAUUUUAUUAUACAUUGUUUGUUUGUUUUUUUUUUUUUUCAUACCAAAAACCUGGGGAGAAGAAACGUCUUUUUUUGCACAAUUGCUAACUAAAGAGCUAAUGAUGAGAUUUUUUUAUUUUAUUUUAUUUUUUCUUUCACUGCAUAUACUGUAAGAAUCGCUACAGGUUCUGACCAAGAAUAAGAAGAAAGCCAAAUAUGCAUUUGAAUUUUUUUUCUCACAUUCCCCUUUAUAUUCAAUUUGGAUUGUGUGAAAUUUUUUUUUUUAUUUUUUAGCAUUUAUUCCCCUUUUGAUCGUAUUUUAUCGGUGAAGGAGAGAGAGAGAAAAAAAAAAUUAACACAUUUAUUCGACAGGCACUUGUAAAUGUAGAGGUGUUUAAAUGUCACAUUAAUAUGUAAAGUAUGACGGGUAACCAUCCUAAAACCGAAUCUAAUAAUAAUAAUAAAAAUAAAUAAAUAAACUGCAGUAUAAGGUCAUAAAGCUAAGCAAAGCUAUGCAUUUUGUUUUUCUUAACAAAUAGAAAGAAAUCCGUUUACUAAAGCAAUGAGGAAAAAAUAUUCAACAUUAAAGCUAUUGGCAACUUCUGAGUUUGUCCUCCCCGGGUUUUCUGUGAGCUGAUCUGAAUUCUAGCACUUUUAAACCUUUGAAAGGAGUAUUUUUUUUCCUUUUUCUUGAAAUUUCAGCCUUAUAUGUUUUUUGUUUUAAUUUUGUAUUUGAUCUUGUACAUGUAUGUGCCAUUAGUUCAAUGUGUAGAAUUUAUUAAUCUAUAUGUAUGUUUGUUUUUCCCCCCUUUCCUCCUCUUCCAAAGGAGUAACAGUAUUUUUUUUUUUUUUUUUUUAUAGACGUUCACUAAUAUUUCUCAUGUUUUGCCCCGCCUCUUGUUUUGUGCAUUUUUAUUUUUUAUUUUUUAUUCGGACUUGAGAAACAACAAAAUGUGCUUGUGUUUAGAAUUAUCUUUAAACCCCUUGCUGUAAAAGUCAAAAAUUAUCGCUAUUUCUGCGAACGGAAAAAAAAGAAAGAGAUGGAAAACAUCGAUUCCUGACAAUUAAUUUUUUUAAAUAUUUUAAAAUUAACUAAAUAUGACAGAGCAGUCAGAACUCCUCCCCUUUCAAUUAAAAACAUUUUUAGAUUAUGUUUUAUAUAAUAAGCACAUGACAGGAUAGAGCUCAGAUGUCAUGAAGUUUUGGUAAAGAAAAUAAAGGAGGAGUCAUUGAUGCAGAGGCAACCAAGCAGUGCAGCGUUUGUUGCUAGUUGGUCUUAAGAUUAAUAGUCCUUCUGAUCAGUCCUGCUUCUAGAGCCUCUGACCCACUAAUAGAAAACGAAAAGGAGCUCCAUUUCUGGUCACCUCUGUGUGUCCAUUGUGCUGAAGGGUCAGUUGAUUUGAUGUCAAACCCUAUCUAUAAUAAUGUAUCCCGUCCCUUCUUUACGAUUGAUCAAAAACAAAAAAAAAAACAAAAACAAACAAAAAAAAAAAAAUCUCCAAUGCACCUACUAGGGAUGCACUUAUCCGAUUUCUCCCAAAACAUGUAGGUGUCUAACUACGCUAUUAAAAAAUGGCAAUGAUUUUUAUCAAAAUAUCAUAGAUGUAAGGAGAAAGGAAAUUACAAUCUGACUUAAAGAAUGAAAAUGCCUUUAAAAAGAGAGAGAGAGAGAGAAAAAAAAAAGUGCUGUCAAAUUGUAGUUUCAUUUAUUUUUAGCUUAAUGUAAGUCUUGCAUUCCAAGCUCUUUAUGUAUCUUGUUUAGCGACAUAGUCCUCUUAUUUUUAGUACUUGCUUAUUACUGCCACCCCUGGGAAAGAACAAGAAAAAAAAAAAAAAAAACAACGGGACAUUUUCUUCAUUCAUCCUUACACUAUUUUAUAUAAGCAUGGGAUUUUAUCAGCUACAGGGAAAAAGAAAAUUGUAUAAGAUUAUAUGACAACCAGUUCCACUAUCUAUCACCUACAAUCAGUUGCUGCAAUGUAAAGAGACAGAUAUGUAUAUUGGUUGAUCCAAAGAGAAUGACAUUACAACAAAACCUAUUUACUUAUUGUACAGAACAUUGUACCUUUUGACUUGUAAUGUAUGAUGUUAAAAAUCAUUAAAAAAAAGACAAACCCGUGGGUUUAUAUACCUUUGUCUAGCCUUAACAUCCUCUCUCUCCACCCCUGCCCCCCUUCUUUCUCUCCUUCCUGGGGUGAUUUCCUGCUGGCUGUGGUGGGAGAGGGUGCUAGAAUAAGCAACCAUAGGUUAUGGCUGAAAACUGCCAUUCGCAUACCGUACAGCCGAGGCAGGAAACCACACCGCUGCGUACAAACAAAAUGGAAAAGAAAAAAAUGAAAAUGUGAAGGCAAGGUUCCAAGUGAUAAAAAAGCAGGCUUUAAGGCAGGCCUAAUUAUACCACAAUACCUCAAAGCCUAUACUUACAGGUCCCAGGGCUCUGUUUAAGCCCAACAUUCUCUCAAAUGCGAAUAAAACAAGAACAAAAUAGCAUGCCAUGAUUUCAUUCUUAUACAGUAUAUUGCCAAAAGUUUUGGGACACCCCUCCGAAUCAUUUGAGUUCAGGUGUAGGUUUU